UGAUCUCUGUACUUGUGCUUGUGCUCCUAGUGAUAGAGUUGAGAUGAAGAUCGAUCAGCCAAUUAAGACGGCGAACUCGGGAGGAGGGGGCAACGCGUUUGCUCACCUGGGGUCGGUGGUUGCGGGCAUGAUGUUCGCUUGGGCGAUCCUGCAGCAGUUCCUGCCGCCUGACCUCCGGGCCUACGUCACGAAGUACUCGCAGCGCUUCUUACGCUACGUGUACCCCUAUAUACAGAUCACCUUCAACGAGUACACGGGGGAGCGGCUCAUGCGCAGCGAGGCCUACUUGGCCAUCGAGAACUACCUCAGCUCAGCAGCCACCACGCAGGCCAAGCGGCUCAAGGGCGACCUGGUCAAGAACAACCAGUCCCUGGUGGUGAGCAUGGACGACCAUGAGGAGGUCUCCGACAAGCACAACGGCGUUAAGCUCUGGUGGGCUUCUGGCAAAAAAGAAUCGAGGAGGCGGGCAUCGUCUUUCCACGCCGAUGGGGUCGAUGAGAGCGGGUAUUACAAGCUGACCUUCCACAAGGCGCAAAGGGACCUCAUCCUCGGGCCAUACCUGAGGCAUGUCCUGAAACAGGGCAAGGAGAUCAGGUUCCAGAACCGGCAGCGGAAGCUCUACACGAACAACAACUGGUACUGGACCCACGUCGUGUUCGAGCACCCGGCUAAUUUCAAAACCCUUGCCAUGGACCCCAGCGAGAAGCAAGAGAUCAUCAACGACCUCAUCACCUUCAGCAAGAACGAGGAGUUCUAUGCACGAAUCGGCAGGGCCUGGAAGCGUGGGUACCUGCUGUUCGGCCCCCCCGGGACCGGCAAGUCGACGAUGAUCGCCGCGAUGGCGAACCUCCUGAACUACGACAUCUACGACCUCGAGCUCACUGCGGUGAAGGACAACACGUCGCUGAGGAGGCUCCUGAUCGAGACGUCGAGCAAGUCGAUCAUCGUGAUCGAGGACAUUGACUGCUCGCUGGACCUGACGGGCCAGAGGAAGAAGGCGGCAAAAGUGGAGGAGGUGAAGGAUGGCGAGGCGAGUAACCAGGCGAAGCGGGCAGAGAAGGAUCCGGACGGCGAGAAGGCGAGCAGGGUCACGCUCUCGGGGCUCCUGAACUUCAUCGACGGCCUGUGGUCGUCGUGCGGCGGAGAGAGGCUGCUCGUCUUCACGACGAACCACAUCGAGAAGCUCGACCCGGCGCUGAUAAGGAAGGGCCGGAUGGACAAGCACGUGGAGCUGUCGUAUUGCCGGUUCGAGGCGUUCAAGGUCCUGGCCAAGAACUACCUGGAAAUCGACACCCACCCCCUGUUCGACCAUAUCGGGAAGCUGUUGAACGAGGUCGACCUGACGCCCGCCGACGUGGCCGAGCACCUGAUGCCCAAGAGCGCCUCCAACAACGUCGAGGUUUGCUUGGAGAGCCUGGUCGAAGCACUUGAGGAGGCAAAGACGGCGAAGUUGAAGGGUGAAGAGGGCACGGAGGAAGUGAAGACGGAAACAAAAGAUCUGGUGUUUGUGUCGGGGUCGCCGGAGGGCGACUAAGCAAAACCAGAGUGACGGAGCUGGUUUAGCAAGAAUCGAUCUGAUUUUCCUUUACGUUUCCUUUCGGUUUCUCUUGCUUGUCCAAAUAAAAAAGAAGAGAUAGGCUUAGCUAGCCAGGUUGCGAGCCUUCAAGUUCUCGUUCAGGAGGCUAGUGAGAAUUUCAUUCUUGUACUAUGCCCCCAAUCCUCUUGUUUAUAAAAGGCCUUUGGAAUGUCUAGCGGAAAUCCCUGUC